CAAGAUAUCAAGAACAACAGUGAAUCUAGUGAAUCUUGAAGAAUUAUUAUUUUGUUAUAACUUAUAUUUAAUUUAAUUUAAUCGUAAAUGUAAAUAUUUAAAAUCUUAAUAAAACUAAAUUAUUCCAGUGUUAAAAAUCACUUCAUUCUACAAUAUAUGUUUUACAAUCGUAAAUACAUUGUACUGAUUACAUACGACGUUUCGUAUGAAUAAACAAAUAACACCCGCGAAGUUAUGUAUGCUGUAUGCUGAGUUAGACGGUGUUAUUUAAAAAUAUGACUCACUGAUGGUUUACACGGCUCGAUAUCGGUUAGGAAUAUAGUGUCAAGGCGACGGUGACUAAAUAGUUACAGAGCUUCCUCGGCUCUCGGGUUCUCGGUUAUCGCGAGAUGCGAUGUGGGUGUUUCAGUUUACGUGAUUCUCUCCGCUGUGCUAGUGUACUGUGUUGAUAAUAUUCAGCCUCCGUACUGCGCGUCAUACUACGUCUAAGCGUGUACGAUGGCGUACCCCAACCAGCUGCCCCCGCCCCCGCCCCAGACCAUGGGGUCCACAAACACGGUCUUCAUCACGGAGUUACGAUUCGACCUCUCGUAUUUGACAACUUUGCCAGGGAUACUUAAGGCUGUUGUUGUGCUGUUCAACUUAAUCGGGUUCAUCUGCAUCCAGUCAUCCGCAUUCUGGUCAAAUGGACGAGGAGUAUACUUCAACAUAGUGGCUCACCUGGGGCUCUGGUUCUCCGGCAUCCUGCUGGCGCUGUACCUGUUCCACGUGGUGGAGAAGUACCACAACAUCAAGUGGCUGAAGAUUGAGAUGAUCGCGUACAUUGUGAUGGUGUUCCUGUACCUGAUUGCGUCUACUAUUGUCGUGGCGUUUGGAGCAGCUGGAUACUCUGCUGCAGGGUUCUUCGGCUACCUAGCGAUGGUGCUGUACGGAGGAGAUGCCUUCCUCAAGUAUAAAGCGCUGAUGGCUGGCGAGCUCGCGCAGGGGCACCGCGUGCAAGCCAAGCAGACGCACGUGACCACGCCCCCCGCGUUGCCAUAGCAACCUGCGUUUAGGUAAACUUGGAUAUUGUACAUAAUUACAAUAAGAGAUUGUAUUUACUCGCAUGCUGAGGAAGCUGUACAUAUUAUACGCGGUCUGAACGUGUACACCUGCACAGAUGCUAGCUCUUCAACGUACACUAAAUUCGUCAACAUUCUUCAAUUGACUUCCAACCUAAUAAGGUCCAAAAUCGAUUGCAGUAUUUUGACAGCUUAUUAACUUGACGAGCUGGUGUACACUUAGUCCUAAUUAGCGGAAGUCUUCUGUAAAUAAGUAUGUAAUCAACAUCGUGUGUUGUCCAGCAUCUUUGUUCAAGAUAUAUUAAUGGUAGGAAAACGAGUUUUAGAAUAUAAGCGCUCAAGUAAUGGACCAAAGUCACGAUUUGUUAUUCACAUGCUAAUUGAAAAUUUGUUUUUUACCUAAUGAAGUUCGAUUUCCAGUCUUAUGUAAUUAGUAAGAGAUCUUAGAAUCAAUGAUAUUAUUUUUGAGAUUUUUAUUUUGGAUAUUUUUUGGAUCUUGAUUGGUUGUCGAAUACCUACUUACUGAUUUAAAUAAAUUAUUUCAAACACAAUUAAAUUAAUUUACAAAGACUAGCUUUAAGUAUAAUUUGUGAACGACAAUCAAAGGCGGCAACACUUUAAAUAUUUUGUUCCGAUCACGGUCAAAAUAACAAAAAAAGAACACAAUAUUUAGUGAAUUUUAGUUUAAAAUUUUGUAAAAUUUAAUUUAAAAGAUAUGGUAUAUUUCUGUUUCUCAUUCCUGGACAUUUUAGUAUACAAGUCUACAUAACUCGGAUGCAUAAAGUUACCUAAAGAUUUUUACCUAUUAAUACCAAAAUAAUGAGUAUGCAAAAACUGAGCGUAGGCAGAUUAUGUAGGUAUGUGAAAUACAGACUUACGGCCAAAAUUUUUAUCUCUAGAGUCUAGAGUGAUUUUGGUUAAUGAGAAAUUCAAUAGAACUAAUGUUAAAGAUCAAUCCUUAUCUAAAUAUUUUAGAUUGAAGUCUGAUACUAAUUUCGGCUUAUGAUAUGAUAGCUGCAGUCUGUAUUAUAUGUAAGCAUGUGUUUCUAAACAUGUCUGGAUAACGCCUAGUGUCGGCCUAGUUUUCCAAGGUCAGGAGAAACAGUUAUACCUAAGUGUAAAUAUAAUAUAUGUAACCCAAUUCCCACCAAGUUAUUGUAACCCAGUUUCUGGUGCUGUGACGUCACUAAUCAUGUGCAGUGCCGGUCACAAUAUUAUGUAUCUGCACUGUAACAUAUAAAAUAAAUCGCGGACGCGCAAUUAAAUACCAAAUCCUGUCCGAUUUGAUAGAGGCAGCAUUCAAAUUCUAAAUUAUUAUUAUUUAAUAUUAUGUACCUAAUGUGAUAAACGUUUUACAAUGAUGUUAAUUAAAAAAAUUGAUCUGAAUGACAGCCAUCAGAAUCUGGGUAUACUUGUUUAUUAGUGCUGCACAAGGGCUUUAAAUACCUCAUUGUGUACUUAUUUUACUAUUUUAUCCUUGUUUUUGGAAAUUUUUCGCCUAAGAAUUGAAGAUAUGAAAAAAGGUUCAAAAAUAAAUGUAGAAAUAAUCAAUUACUAAUACUUAUUAAAUGAUAUGAUGUGUAAACAUUUUGUGAUAAUAUUAUAUUAAGCACUAACUUAUUUAAUCAUGUUUAAAACAUUCAUAAUUAUGUUAUUAUUGUUGUAAAUAGUAAUCAAAGAUUGUAAUCUAAGUUGUAUUGAUAAUUAUAUGAAUAUUUGUAGCAGAUGCGAUGUUAUUAAGCAAGUUAUACUUUUAUUUGUAAAAAUUUAGGAAAUUUUAUUCCAUUUUAUAAGCUUUUGCAUAUAUUUCUUACAUUUUCACUGGACUGCAUACUCCGUCUUUGUCCAUGGAGUUUAGAAGUCUCGGAAUUUGGUCGACAUUCUUCAAUCGAUUCUCCAUUUUAUUACAAAACAAUAAAGUUGAAAAUUGACAGAAUGGAGUAACUAGACCCGCUACUUUUGUACAGUUAACAAUCAAAUGUCAACUUUACCACGCUAGUUAUAAAGUUUAUUUUGUAAAUUGUACAAGUAAUAUUCCGUCCACUGUUCUCCACUAUAGCUUUGCUCACGUAUUGUGUCAAAUAUGUAAUGAUAAAUAAUAUUAAUUACGUAUUCGUACUAUGUAAUGUGUAUGCUCAUCUUUAUAAUUAAUGCUCUAAUACACAUUUUGAAUGUUUCAAAUUUAAUUAGCUCAUUUUAUAAGGAAAAAUGUAUGUAAUGCCGUAAUGCAUCAAUGCAUGCAAUGCAGAGUACCUACAGUGUUUAUAACAAAAGUGUAAUUCCUAAAUAUUAACUAAAUAACACGGUUUACUCACGUAUUAUUAAUGGAGAAAGCUCUAUUAGUUUUGAGUGACUACAGCCUACUUAUACUGCUCAUAAUGAAGAGUCCCUGUGUGACUCGAAACUAGUAUAGCUUUUCUCGAUUAAUUAUACGUGAGUAAACGUGAUUUUUAGUUAAUUUAGUAUGUCUCACAAUAGCUAUUACCUAAAUGUUGUUGAAAUUCUGAUACAUUGAGAAAUUAAGCUACAACGUACCUAUAGCUAUGCUAUAAGUAAUGCACUGUUUAAUUUUGCACCUUAACAAACAGUUUACGUUACAAUUUAAAAAACUUUCACACAAAGUUACAAACUUUGUCGCUCACUGUACUUAUUAUAUAAAACGAGAAUCGUAACACCUUUUAAAACAUUUUUCCUCGACCAUUAUAUACAAAUUUCUAGUAAAAACAUAAUUAUACCUGUAGAUAUUGCGGUCUGACCGACUUUUGUUAGUAUUUUCUUAAUAAUGAUUGUUGUAUGAAAUAAAAGAACUGAAAUGUA